AGAGAGAAUUAUAGGAGAGCUGCUGACGGCCCAAAAAAAAAAAGAAGAGGGGGUUCUUUUGGUGAUUUUCAGGGAUUCUUUUUGGUCCAUUUUUGAACUUCUUCUGGGUUUUGAAAGCAGUGGAGGGGAGAGAAAGAGCAGCAGAUCCCGGCCGGAUUCCGGCGACAUUGCGGUCUCCCUUAGCUAGGUAACUUCCUGAUCCGAACACGUAAGGGGCGCCUUCGGGUUUUUGCCUCCGGGACUACUCCAAAACGGUGUACCCGGAAGCAUGACGACCUACAAAGCGCCUCUUACGUGCCUGUUUGUUCAUUUGGUGAUGGAUUUUUUGGUUGAAUGUACUGUCCACUUUAAUCUUGAAUAUACAUGCUCAGUUUUAGUUUAUGUUGGUGCAUUUUGAAUGCAAUUAGGCUCCAUUAGGGGAAGAAGUUGAGAUAACUGAAAUGACUCUUGAGAGGUUGGGUGGAGGGGAAGAAGGUGGGAACAUUGAAAUAAAUCCUUUUGAGGAGUUGGAUGGAGGUGGGAACACUGAAAUAAAUCCUUUUGAGGGGUCGGAUGGAGGGGAAGAAGGUGGGAGCAUUGAAAUGACUCCUUCUGAGGGGUCGGGUGGAGAAGAUGAGAUGACUGAAGAUCCUGGCCUUGUGGAAUUGAGAAAGAGCAUUUGCAACGGAGAUCGGGAGGCUGUUGAGCAGUUUUUUGAUCAGGGGCGUCCACUAGGUACAAUAAUAUUAUCAAACGAAGGCUACACUGCUCUUCAUGUUGCAAUACUGGCCGGACAAUAUGGGAUCGCCAAGAAUUUGAUAGAGAAGAUGUCGCUAACAGAUCUGGAAAUAAAGACUGCCAGUGACAGUGGUGGUCACACGGUUCUUACCUUAGUUGCAACGACGGGAAGAACAGACUUGGCAAUGGACAUAGUCCACAAGGACAACGAUUUACUUGUAAUUGAAAAUGGUCGAGGCUAUAUCCCAGUAACUGCCGCAUGUAAUGUGGGCCACAAGAAGAUGACAGAAUACCUUUAUUCUGUGACCCCACUAGAAGUCUUGGCAUCAAAUAAAGGCAAAUAUGGGUUCGAUCUCCUGAGGGCGGGCAUGGAUAACAAUUUUUUAGGUAUUUGCUUGCAUCAACUUCAGUGCAACCCAAAGUUGAUUGUUGCUCCAGACAAAGAAAUGCUGGAAUUUUCUCCUAUUUUUAUAUUGUCACGUCAACCUGAUGCAUUCUAUAGUGGAUCAAAGCUUCGGUUUUGGCACAUAUGGAUUUAUUGUUUGUUAAAGGUAGAGAUGCCCACAAUUUCCUUCGAUGAUGAAGUACGAAUGCAAUUCGAGACCUUAGAGGAAAAAACAUCAAAAUACAAGAGAUUUACUCCUGGAGCAUUUGGUCAACAUCUUACAUUAUGUUUAAUGCCCCAAAAUUUCCCUGGAAUCAAAAAAAGUUAUGAUUUGAAGUCGAGGCAUAUCUAUUCCAAUAAGAUUCUUCAAUGUAUGUGUAAGCAUAUUUCAACAUUAAAAGUUCAAUCUCUUCGGAAUUGUGGAGUGGCUGACGCGAUGUUUAAAGCUACCGAGCAGGGCAAUGUUGAAAUCGUCGUUGAGCUAUUGAAAGUAAUCAAACCACUCAUUUUCUAUAAUGAUGAUGGCAGACACGUUUUCAUGAUAGCAAUCCAAUCUCGUCAAGAAAACAUUUUCAGCCUCCUAUAUGGCAUUAAUGAGGGAUUGAAAGCCCAUAUUCUUAAUCAGACAGAUAAAAAACGGAAUAAUAUGUUACAUGUGGCAGGGGAGAAAGCUCCUCCCUCUCAAGAUACCCGAAUCUGCAGCCCUGCAUUGCAUUUGCAAAGAGAAGUAAAAUGGUUUAAGGAGGUGGAAAGAAUUGUUCCAGAAUGGUGCAAAGAAUCUAAAAAUAAUAAUGGUGAAACCCCUCAUGAAGUAUUUUUAAAGAGCCAUGAAGAUUUAGUGAACGAGGGGGAAAAGUGGAUCAGGAACAUGGCAAAUUCUUUUAUUGUUGCCGCUACUCUCAUUAUUACGGUCACGUUUGCUGCAGCCUGUGCUUUCCCCGGCGGCAAUGCAGAAAAUGGGUCUCCCAAUUUUUUAAAUAAAGGGGCAUUUAUGAUAUUUAUAAUAUUUGAUGGGAUUUCCUUCUUUACUGCAUCAGCUUCAGUCUUAAUGUUUAUGGGAAUCCUAGCAUCGGGCUUCACGCCGGUAGAUUUUCUCGAGUCCUUACCCAGGAAGUUGAUCGGUUUCGUCUCCACUACUCUUUUUUCUAUAGCAGCAAUGGCGGUUAGCUUUUCUGCUGCUCUUUGGAUUGUACUACAACAUCGACUCUGGGCAAUCAUUCCCAUAAUUAUAAUGGCUGGCAUUCCAAUUUUAUUGUUUGUACGGUUGCAGUAUCCCCUCCUUGCCGAACUUUUUAUUUCGACAUAUAAUACGGAGCUAUUUUUUAAGAGAAAAAUGAAGCUUUGGCUGUAGUGGUGAGCCAGUUGAUUGAUUUUUUUGGAACAUAAGCGAGCAGUUUCCCCUUCAAGUUGAAAUCCUUUGGCUUGUUCUUUGGUUAUGUGAGUUGGAACUUUUAAUUUCCCUGUUCUAUUUGGUUGGAUUAUCAGAUUUUCUGCUUUUAAUUAUGAGACUUUGCUCUAUUUACCUUUUCAUUGU